UUCAUUGUCCAUGGGCUUUUGCGAGUGAGUGAAGAGUUGCGAGCCAUUGCGAAAUGUGGUAACGAAGUUAUUGAGUUUAUCGUUUUUCAACCCAAAAACCCGAAAAAAGAUUUUCUGCAAUGUAUUUAUCUAUAAAUGCAACAUUUCUGGUCAUUCUGUGGUCAGUUGUGCACAAAGUGUUGUGAGAGACGCAAACCCCCGGUGGCAAGGCAGUUAUGUUUGUGCUCUGUUGUGAUUUCUUGUGUGGCAAUUUUCUUUGAUUUUGUGAACAAUUCCCAAGCUCUAUUCCCAACCCCCUCUCCCCCAAAAAACAUCGUUAUUUCCACCCCAAAAGCAAGGGGUGAGGAAAACUAAAUUUUCCGGACAAGUGCCAAAGUGCGGUGGAGAGUAUUUUGUACAAACGACGAACGGGGGGUGGUUUGAUGUUGCAUGAGGAGGUGACUUUUUGGAAUCACAGCAAAAUAGGGCAGCAUGAGUCGUUCCAGGAUGGAGGACAAGACUUCUCAAGCAGCUGAGAAGAAUGUGUAUGGAUCAUUUGAGAAGACGAGGGAAAGUUUAGAUAGUUCUCCACAAUCCGUUGUGUUGGAUCUAUCGUGUCGGCGGAAUUCCGUGGAGACUGGGCAGCACACCCCAUCGCCGCCCACAGAAUCGAUUAUGUCGACAGAGGAUGCCUCCCCGAGCCCCCAUGGGCCACAAAUGGUGCCGGAUUGUCGACGGCAGAUCAUCGAUGACUUCUUCAUGGCGGUUAAACGAAAGCGGAGCCCCUCCAUUGAGCACAAUCAACUCUAUCGUUCACCAAAGGUGAGACUCUUCAACGAUUCCAUGGGCCAUGAUGAUGAGGAAAGUUUUCACAGUAGCCAACCUUCGGACGUGAUUGCCCAAUGCGACCAACCGUCUCCAGGAGGUUACAUCAUCGCCAAAUCAGCAUUCCACAGUGGUGGCCCCAAGUCCCGCCACUCCAGCCCUGGAUCCCCCUAUGAGGCAGAGACGCUCAGCUUUCCCCCCUCACUGUGCCCCAUGGAUGCUGCGGCUGCUGUUACGCCGCGCGACAGGAAAGCCGUGCGCCCCUUUAAGGCCUACCCCCGUGAUCCGCUCACGAUUGCUUCGGCCGUGAGCACAACAGACGCCUACCUGGACACACAAUCAACGGCAAAGUAUGCGGAAUUCCGGCAACGGAUGCUGCAGCAAAUGCACGAGGCGUACGGAGGUCAGAGGACACUGUCAAACCCAAAGAUGCGACGAUAUAGUGUCAAGAAGAGCCCUGAUGGUGGACUACGGAGCCCCGAGGCAAUGGGCGGCGGUGGUGGGGUGAAGGAUGAAGCCUACAUGGAACGACGCAUGAAGAAUAAUGCCGCAGCGAAGAAAUCACGCGACCGACGGCGCAUAAAGGAGGACGAAAUCGCCAUUCGAGCUGCCUUCCUGGAGCGCGAGAAUAUCGAAUUGAAGUUCGAACUGGCGUCAACCCGGAAGCAACUGGCCAUGUAUGAGAUGUCCCAAAAUCCGUGUGAACUGCCACACUGAGAUAACAACACCAUCGACCGCUCCACACUCAUGUGAUACUCAUCUUUAUUGCUCAAAGUUACAGACCGAGGGGUUAUGUGGAGAAGACCAUUCGAGGCCUUUCCUCAAAGUACAUAGCCUAGGCCAGGAGGAGGAGGAGGGGUACAAAGUGUGUGUUUGUGUGAGUUUUGGGAAAAUUUCUGCAAGUUGCAAAAGUAAUCAAAAAGAGAGAGAAAGAUGUAAUGUUUGGUGCAAAGUGUUCGUUAGACAUGUAAUAAUAGAGCGAUUUUACCUCAAAAUCAAAAACUUUUCAAGUCAAAAUUUUAUGUAUAGUUUCUAUGUAUAUGGUAAGCAUAUAGUGAAAGUUUUUAUGCGAAAGUUCGAAAGUAGAGUGUAUUUAAUUCUUUUCCAAUUGCAACAUAUUUUUAUAGUUUAUAUAAAGGAACUUGUGAAUGAGUGAGUUUUGUAGCUUUUUUUUACCAUUUCAGAGAGAGAAUAAAACUGAUUUUUUUAUACAAGAAAAA